GCAAGGCGACGCGGUCGGAACGCAGGGGAGGGUGGCGGAGAGGGGGAGAGAGUCGGGGAGAAGGGGAGAAGUGGAGAUAGAGAGGCGACGACAGACAGGCAGACCGACAGACAGGAAGGCUUGACGACUAGCAGAGGUUUUUGACGUUUGGAGAAAGGAAAAAGCUGCAGGAGGACGAGGACGAGGACGAGGCAACGGGGCCAGGCGAUGGAAGCACAGGCGCUGCAUGGGAAUGUCGAGAGGAAGCGGGAGGGCGGGCAGGAGGAGCUCGAGCGCCAGCAGCAGUCGCAGCAGCGCUUGAAAAGUCGGAUCGAUGAUUUGAUCGGCUCCGCGCAGGCCAGCGACGCGGAGAUCGAAGCCGCGAGCGAUGCUCUUCUGAACGAGUUGCGCUCGUCUGCGGGCUCCGGCCGGCAGAAAGCCGUCGAUCCCCUGCUGGCCGCCCUGCGAUUGCCGAAUUUGUCCGAUCGCGUUCAGGAGACCAUCGCUGCCGCUAUUUCUCUCUGCUCGGGAGCCCACACCAAUCACGCUUCCUCCUCGUAUCGAACAUUUACCUUUUCGCCUUCUCUUCGUGUCAAUAUUCAUGAGAUCGACUUUGCGGACGGUGGUGUAGGUUGGAAGGUUUGGGGAGGAGCAUUGCUGCUCUCGCUUCGUCUCAUAGAAAUUCCGAGCCUCGUGAAAAACAAGCGUGUGCUGGAGUUGGGAAGUGGUUGCGGUUUAUGCGGUCUCCUCGCAUCCAAACUUGGUGCGUCUGAAGUUGUUUUGACCGAUUACCUUCCAUCUUUAUUACUGAACCUCCGCAGGAACGUGUCACUGUUCCGAAAUCAGAGGAAAGAGAUUCAGAGGCAAUUUUCGUAUUCGUCCAGAUCCGUCAGCUAUGACAACCACAUCACUUGCGUUAUGGCCGAGGAUUCCGUGGGACCGCGGGUGGAUACAUCUCAAGACGAUUACUUAUUUCCUGGAGAAACCAGCACAAGCACCCGCACCAUAAGAUUGCGUACGCUCGAUUGGCUGGAAAGCCCUGGAACACAAGAGCCUCCCUUGAGUUUCGCGAAUCUCGACCUGCAGCUGCCUCCCAGGAUCUCGACGGAACAAGUUUUCGACGUGGUGAUGGGAAGCGAUGUGAUUUACGAGGAGCGUUUGAUACAACCAUUAGUGGCCACAAUGUCUCGACAUCUGGCCAAACCCCACGGAAAGGGCCUCAUCGUAGCACCUAUUCGGGAGAAGCGGCUGCUGGAGGUGUUUUUGAAAGAAGUGGAGCAUUACAAGAUGAGGGCGACCGUCGUGCAAGUAGAGGCCUCGGAAUGGAGCCGCUGCAAGGCCAUAGUUAAUGGAGAGACAGAGAGCUCCUACGACGACGACGACGACGAGUUUCUCGAGGACGAACAAGGAACCAUGCAAGACAUUGAUUACUACGAUGCAGGUUAUGUUUCCAUCACCGUCACUCACAAACUGACCGCAGAGCCCUUGGACAUCGAACACUGAUCUGACCAGCGCAUAUUACGACAUACAGGAAGUAGCGUAUACUUGUUAGGCCCAAUUUACUUCAAAGGUCUGCUGCUGCUGGCAAAACCUUUGUACUACUAGUAGGACGAUGUAGUUUUCCUGUGCGAAUGAUGAUUAUUUCCAUUGUUCGUCUACUUGUUUCCCUCGAUGGUCUGAAGUUGCCCUCAGUGGGAUUUGUGACCGUUGGCAAUUCCAAGGCAGGAGCCCGUCUCUUAGAAGAGCGGAGCGAGGUAGUGAACGCUAUCUGGCUUUGAGCCAGGAGGUGUGUAGGCGUUGUCCAGCAAACCACGUCGUGAGCCGAGCCGUCAUUCAUUCUUCGAGAUAAGAGUGAAGGAUUGAGUUCUCGCCCGCGUGCUUCGGCCUGCGAGGAUUGUGAUUACGGGACUCAGUUUUCUCAACGAUGUUUUGCGAGCAUUCCGCUGCUCUAUACUAUACUGAUUUAUAUUUGGCAGAAAUCC